GGCGGGGGUGCGCAGGUGGAGCUGACGGCGGACGUGGUGGAGCCGACGGACAACGUGACGCUGCACGCGCACGAUCUGGCGGUGGACAGCAGCAGCGUGCGCGUGGUGGCGGGCGACGAGGCGCUGCCGGUGACGCGCGUCUCCAACGACACGGCGCGCCAGUUCCUGGUGCUGUCGCUGGGGGCGACAGCGGCGGCCGGCCGGCGCCUCACGGUGAGCAUGCGGUACGUGGGCCGCCUCAACGACGUGCUGCAGGGCUUCUACCGCAGCUCCUACACCAUCGGCAACGAGACGAGGGACGGGCUGCCGGACUACGAGUGGGACCACUACGGCGAGUCGGUGCCCAUGUCGACGUACCUGGUGGCGUGGGCGGUGACGGACUUCGCCGCGCGGCGGGACGGCUCGUUCGCCGUGUGGGCGCGCGCGUCGGCGCUGCAGCAGGCGGCGUACAGCCUGCACGUGGGCCCGCGCAUCCUGCGCUUCUACGAGCAGUACUUCAACAUCAGCUACCCGCUGCCCAAGGUGGACAUGAUCGCGCUGCCCGACUUCGCCGCUGGCGCCAUGGAGAACUGGGGGCUCAUCACGUACAGAGAAACAGCGAUGCUGUACGAGCAAGGGGUGUCCACAAACAGCAACAAGCAGAGCGUUGCCACAGUGGUGGCCCACGAGCUGGCUCACCAAUGGUUUGGGAAUCUCGUGACGCCCAGCUGGUGGACGGACUUGUGGUUGAACGAGGGGUUCGCCAGCUACGUCGAGUAUCUUGGUGUAAAUGCUGUGGAGCCUACCUGGAAGAUCCUGGAGCAGUUCGUGAGCUACGACCUGCAGAACGUGUUCGCGCUCGACGCCCUGGAGUCUUCGCACCCCAUUUCCAUCGCCGUGGGCCACCCCGACGAGAUCAACGAGAUAUUCGACAGGAUAUCCUACGGCAAAGGUGCCUCAAUUAUCAGAAUGAUGGAUCACUUUCUUACCACUGAUGUGUUCAAGAAGGGUCUCCACAAUUACCUGAAGAAGUGGUCGUACGACAGCUCGACGCAGAACGACCUGUGGCAGGCGCUGACGGAGCAGGCGCACGCGGACGGCGUGCUGGCCGCCGACGUCACCGUCAAGCGCAUCAUGGACACGUGGACGCUGCAGACGGGCUUCCCCGUCGUCACCGUCACGCGCGACUACGACGCCGGCGGCGCCACCGUCACG